UCCUUGCAGGCACACCCUCCCAUUUGAUGGCCACGCCCCUGCCGUAUGGGCACCUCAGCCCGCCCAAUCGCCAGCAACUGGCGGUGAGCCCACACACGGCGCCUACUCAGACACGCUCUAGUCCGACUAGCUGCUCUAACCUGCCUAGACGCUCUGACCUGACUAGACGCCCGAAGAGCCUUGAAGGAGCCGGGUCGCGGGCCGCCACUCCAGCCUUGAGCCAUGGAUCCCAGAGCAGAAUCCCCAGAAGCACACGGCCUCUUGGACAGCACUCGGGACCUGGAGCCUCCACAGCAGUGCAGCGACGAGGGAGACGACGAGGACCGGGAAGAAGGGCAUGAAGCGAAACGUGUGGAGAUCUCGCUUAGCGCAGACGGAGGAGAAGAGGAAGAAGGGAUACAGGCCGAACCUGAGCAGGAAGCAGCAGCAGCAGCCGCACAAGGGAAAGAGGCAGGAGACGGAGCAGGAGAAGGAGAAGAAAAGGACGACGGCGCCGUUGGCGCUGGAGCUCCCGCGAACCGCGAGGCCGGCGGCGAUGGCGGCCGAGAAGCGGGAGAGCAGGGGCCGGAGGAGCAGCCCCCGCAGGCCGCCGUCGAAUGUCCGCAGCCUGGAGCCAGGCGGCAGGCGGGCCGCCGCGCCACGUUCACCCCGGUGCAGCUGCGGGAGCUGGAGGGCGUUUUCCGCCACACUCCGUAUCCCGAAUUGUGGUUGCGACAGGAGCUUGCUAGACGCAUGGGUGUGACUGAAGCCAGGGUGCAGGUUUGGUUUAAGAAUAGGAGGGCCAAGUGGAGGAGAUGGCAGAGGGCGUUGAUGUUCAGAGUCAUGCCCCCCGUGGUCCUGGGCCCCCCCGUCGUCAUUGGCUCGGGCAGACCCUGAAGUACCAUCCUGAUUCGGACUCCGGAUUGCAUGCGGAUGCUUUUGCAGCCGCUGCCGCCGGGGCUGCCUCUGCCGCCCGGGCUGCCUCUGCCGCCCGGGUCUCCCUUUCCUCCUGUGUUCUUGCCGCCUCCGCCCUGGCUUCUUCCACCUUUCCUUCCCUGUGGCUGCUGUCGUGUGGCAUGGCCUGCUCCCUUACCAUCAGGGGGCCUUUUGUAGCCCACAUUUUCUAAAGAAUGGUCUCUGUGACAGUUUUUUCAAAGUUCUUUUGAGCCAAGUUCAAAUUCUGCAUCCCUCACCAUCAAGAGCAGUUCACCAAAUGCCUGCUAAAUGUGUUAAAUAAAAGUACACAGUCAUUGACCCUCUCUUGUAGGGCACGUGUUUGUAUUUUCAAUAAAGUUGUGAAUUCUCUGCAAA